GUGGUGCGACGGUACACGACCAGCACACACGGACGGAGAGCGAGAGCCCCGCUGACAGGGGCCGCGCGAUGCACGCGUGUAUGUGUGCGUGUGUGCGCGCGUGCGACGCCGUGCGUCGAAAAGCGGUUGUCGUAUAAAUAAACGGCGAGCCUGCGAGCGAUCAGCAUUCGCGGAACCCCAGUCACGGUCUCGGUCGGUCGGAGUACGACGGCGACGACGACGACGACGACGACAUUCGGAGCGAGACAUACACAUACACACACACACACACACACAGGUGGCUGCUGCGGCGUUGUUUCCUCCCCCGCCCCUUCGGUGUCCUUCGACCGAAGAUGUCAUCGCCUACACAAGUGAUAAAAAGCGUUGGGCCGAAAUUGGUGCCGUUCUUCAAAAGCGUAUCUGUAUAUUUUGUAUUGCUCGCCGAGCAGCCAUCUUUGCUGACGGCGUGUCUCAAAUGCUUACCGAUAAUAAGUCUCAUCAUUUUCGUCCUCUUACACGGGAUUAGUUUGUCUAAAGAAUAUGCUUUCUCCAGACGCAUAUUAACGGGAUUAGUGUUUAGUUGCAUAGGUGACGCAUUAUUAGUGUGGCCUAAUUGCUUCACCGCGGGAAUGUGUAUGUUUGCUGUUGCGCAAAUUAUGUAUAUAUUUGCAUUUGGAUUCAAACCACUUAAUUUAACACUCGGGGCGGUAAUGUACGCGUCUUGUUCAGUUGUUAUAUAUACUUUGAUGCCUGGAUUAAAUGGAGUUUUAGCAAUAGGAGUGCCAAUUUAUACAGUAUUAAUCACUACUAUGGCAUGGAGGGCCAUAUCAAGAGUACAAUUCUUUGGGGAGUUAUGGACAUGGACUAAAUUGUGCAGUUGCAUUGGAAGCAUUUGCUUCGUCAUAUCUGACACUUUGCUCGGGUUUCAUUAUUUCCACAGUCCAUUACCUUAUUCUCAGGUAUCCAUCAUGUUGACAUACUAUGCAGCACAGUUAGGAAUAGCACUUAGUGCAGUAGAUUCAAAAAAUAGUAAUAACAGUAAUAACAGACUAAUAAAUAUUUCAGACUUUAUCCACUAGUAAAGACUGCAAUAUUUAUUCCUAAGUGUUAUCCAAACAAAUUUAUCUGCAAAAACAAAGCGGAUAGAAAAGGGGUCUUUUUACGUCUGCUUUAAAUUAUAUGCAUAAUUCCAGUAGGAAAUCGUUGUGAUAAUCAUCUUUGACAUGUUGAAUAUUUCAAGCCAUAUUAUCGAAUAAGGAGAUUCACAGAAGAAUUUCAGUGAUAGGAUACUUGUACCUUUGACUGUAGAAAUAAACUUAUAUUUCUUUUUUUAUAUUAUUGAUGGAAUGCAAAGAGAAGUGUCCUAUAGGGAUUUCAUACUAACCAUAUGUGGUUUCCUAUUUUUUGUAUAUGUAUAAGACUAGAAAAAAAUAGAAAUAUUAUUAUCAUUAUUAAAAAUAGAUAUAACGAGUAUUAGUACUCUUAGAAAAAUAAUUUCUUAGCGGAAACUUUGUUGUUUCGGAAAAACAGUUACGUUAUAGUGUUAUAAUACGUCUUUGAAGAUCGAGAUUUUUUGAAGAAAAUAUAUUAUAGUGUUAGCACUGAGCGUUUCUUACGCAUAAAAAUACAUUUAACCAAUUAUAUAAAAUUGAUUAUUUUUCAUAUACACACAUUUAGGCCAAAAUGCAAUAGUUUAUUUGCGAUACAUCGCAAAAGGCAAAUAUAUCGAAUAUUACUUUUGUAAGAAAAGUUAUUAUGUAUGAACCAUAUAGUAUAUCUACAUGAGUAUAUCUACACGUUAUAUAAUUACGAUAUAUGUUGUCGGUGUUAUCAUCCUUCAAUGUAAAUUAUCAUCUUACAGUGAACAAGUUGCAAUAUAGCUAUAAAUUGUACCAUAAAAAUAUGUCGACUCUAUAUUAUACGUUACUAUUUAUAUCAUGUUACACAUUAUACGUUGUAUCUUUGUUAUAAUGUGAAUCGUUAACACUGCCAUUUUCUUUGGCAAAAUAAAAACUAAAUGAUUAGUUCACACAAGUUCAA